GCAGCCAUAUUGUGUAUUGUUUAUUCGCACGGCACAAGUAGAAUUCCUAUAGCAAAACAACAAAGACAACUUGCAUUCGAAUGACAGCUGUGAAUAGAGAAAAACGUCAACAAAAGUGAAAAAUAAAGACGAAUUUCAUCAAAUCAACUUGCGAUACGAACAGCUACAUUUGUGCAUUCGCGCUAUUUUAUCCGCAUUAAAUUGUAGAUGGAGUAUCAAAUUCACAUAAAAAAGAGAACAAGUUUGAAAACAAAGCAACUAAAAUUCAAGUAUUAUUGAAGCACAUAUUGGAAAUUGAAAACUGUGAAAUUUUAUUGUGCUGCGUGUGUAGUGUUGAAGCUGUGGAGCCACUCAGUUUCAGUGGAGGCUAGUGGAUCGUUGCUAAAUACUCAUUUAUACAUAUUUCUUUUGUGUACGCUUCGGGCGCAUAUGUAUAUACUCGUAUAUGCCAACAAACAACGUCACAUAAAUUGACAAUAUUUUGUUUACAAAUACGUUUAUUUCUCGAAAGACGCAAAAUACAGUCAACUGCAAAUCAGAUUUUGAAAGUGUGCAUGAAAUUUGUUCCAGUGUGCAAAUAGACAAAAUCUCACAUUGAAAUCCUGCGAAAUUCCAAAAUCAAUAGCGACACCAUUGAAUACGGCAUGAUAAAGGAAUAAUAAAAAUACGCCUGUCAAAUACGAAGGACUGACAAGUUAAAAUAUUAGCUGUUUAGUAAAACUUGAAUGUGAUAAUUGUUUCUUAGAAAUAUUGAAACCAAACUACAUACAAACUACAACAAACAUAUCAUCUCAUAUAAAUAUAAGUAAGCGUGUAUUCCAGUCCAAAAUGAAUAGCACCGGCAGUUUUUUCGACGAACAACUUGUACAUAUUUACACACAUUUGGUACAUAAUUAUGUGCCCGAUUUCCUGCUUACAAUGAGCCAGCAUUUUGUCUAUACGCCAUGGGUGUUCUCACUACUCGGGUCGAUGGUAAUCGGGCUAGCCGGUAUACUACCGUUGAUCAUAAUACCCACUGAUGAAAAACUUAAGGAGGGCGGUUUCAAAGAUCCUGGCGAAUCUAAAUUUCUCAAAGUGCUUUUAAGUUUCGCGGUCGGCGGUCUAUUGGGUGACGUUUUCCUACAUUUACUGCCCGAAGCUUGGGAAGGUGAAAAAAAUACGCCCUCUGAACAUCCUUCCUUGCGCUCUGGUCUUUGGGUGCUCUCCGGCAUACUCAUAUUCACCAUUGUGGAGAAAAUAUUCUCUGGUUACACCAAUGCCGAUGAAGAGAAUCCGCAACCGAAAUGUGUGGAGAUCGCCAAUUGUUUACUGCGCAAAACGGGCGGAAAAAUUCCCGAUGAUCAUAACAACUCGGAAGGUUGUGCCGGCGCAUGUGACAUUGAAGAUGUGCCGAAUGGUUGCUUUUUACGUGAACGUGAGCAAAAACAAAAGGAGCAGCCAAAAAAAGUCGCAGGCUAUUUAAAUUUAAUGGCCAAUUCCAUUGAUAAUUUCACACAUGGUUUGGCUGUGGCGGGUUCAUUUUUGGUUUCCUUCCGACACGGUGUGUUGGCAACGUUCGCAAUUUUAUUGCACGAGAUACCCCACGAGGUUGGAGACUUCGCCAUACUUUUGCGUUCUGGUUUUAGUCGGUGGGAUGCUGCCCGCGCUCAGCUUUUAACCGCUGGUGCCGGUCUGUUGGGCGCACUGGUUGCGAUUGGUGGUUCGGGCGUCACAUCGGCAAUGGAGGCGCGUACGUCCUGGAUUAUGCCUUUCACGGCCGGGGGAUUUCUACAUAUAGCAUUGGUGACAGUAUUACCCGAUCUCUUGAAGGAAGAAGAGAAAGUUGAGUCCAUAAAGCAAUUACUGGCGUUGAUAUUUGGUAUUCUACUUAUGGCUUUGAUGACUGCAUUUUUCGAGGCGUGAGCAUUGUAAUUAAAAAAAAUUGCCCUUGUGUGUGCAUAAUUUUUAUAAGCCAAAAAUGCUGGAGCUGUACAUUCGCAUAAUACCAAGCAAAAAGUACAAAACAAAAAGCAUAUUAUUUGGCAUUAUGUGAAAUAUUCGUUUGAAAGUAGUGGUAGUGCACAUAAGCAACCAAGUGGAGAACUUUAAAUUUAGUUGGAAUAUGUUUUGAAUUAUUGCAACGACACGGACACAAAAUCACUAUGUACCGAAAUGGUAUUAAAAGUUAUACAAAAAUUGUUAAUAUAUUUUCUUCAUAUUUAAUAUUUUUUAUAAUUCGCCAAAUUCAUACUUUUAGUUAUAUUAUUGUAACUCUCAUUUUAUAACUACUAUUUUGGCAGGAACCUGUAUCUAUGUAAUUAUGUUUUUACUUUCCUGAAUUUAAUUUGCAUAAAUUUACUGUAUAAAAAUUUAGUUAGUAGCGACAGUAAGAGUUAGUGGAAUGAAAUUUAAAUUGUAAUGAAAGAAUAUCGAUAUCCAGUUCAUAUGUGAUAUUGAUGCUGAUAAAAUUCUUUAAGAAAAUGCCAUUAGUUAUAAAAGACUUGAGAUAUUACGUUUGAAAGAUGACUUGCUUGUCGAGUUCUGUAAAUACAUACAUACAUAAUAUAA